AUGAAGGACUUGUUGUCAAGGAAACAUAAGCUACAGGAGUGCCAAACAGUAACACUCACUGAAGAGUGUAGUGCCAUUAUACAAAAGAAGUUCCCACCUAAACUCUGUGAUCUGGGAAGCUUCAAUAUUCAAAUUGCUAUCGGUAACACUGAUGUUGGCAGAGCACUAUGUGAUCUUGGGGCAAGUAUUAAUCUGAUGUCGUUAUCUGUUUGCAAAUCUCUGGGAAUUACUGAGUUAAAACCCACUAUGGUUUCUCUACAACUUGCUGAUAGAUCUUUGAGGAGACCAAAUGGUAUUAUUGAAGAUGUGCUUGUCAAGGUGGAUAAGUUCAUCUUCCCAGCUAAUUUUGUGGUAUUAGAUAUGGAAGAGGGUACUGAAAUGGCCCUAUUAUUAGGAAGAACUUUCUUGGCGACUGCUCGAGCCAUGAUUGAUGUUGAGAAUGGCAGGUUAGAGUUAAGAAUGAAUGAUGAGACCAUCACCAUCAAUGUUUUUAACUCUAUGAAACAAUCUUCUGAUAAAGGCGAUUGUUUUCGUCUUGAUAUUCUAGAGCAAGUAGUGGAAGAAGAGGUAGAGUUGAAGGAGCUUCCAGAAACUCUCAAAUAUAUCUUCUUGGGUGAAGAGGAGACUUACCCUAUUAUCAUUAAUAAGGGAUUGUCUUCUGAGCAAGAGACAAGACUGGUUGAAGUGCUUAGAGAGCAUAAGACUGCCAUAGGGUGGUCAAUUUCUGAUUUAAAGGGUAUUAAUCCCUCAUUCUGUACACAUAAAAUCCUCAUGGAAGAUGAGGUUCGGCCAGUGAGACAGCCUCAAAGGAGACUUAAUCCAACAAUGAAGGAAGUUGUAAGGAAAGAAGUUGUGAAACUUUUUGAUGCUGGCAUGAUUUAUCCAAUUUCGGAUACUGCUUGGGUGACCCCAGUGCAGACUGUUCCGAAAAAGGGAGGUAUCACAGUAGUUCACAAUGAGAAAAAUGAGCUGAUUCCAACUAGAACCAUUACUGGUUGGAGAAUGUGUGUGGACUACCGAAGACUAAAUACAGCUACAAGGAAGGACCACUUUCCACUUCCUUUUGUUGAUCAAAUGUUGGAAAGAUUGGCAGGUCAUAACUAUUACUGCUUCUUGGACGGAUAUUCUGAUACAACCAAAUUCCAGUGGCACCGGAGGACCAAGAGAAAACAGCUUUCACCUGCCCUUUUGGAGUUUUUGCUUAUAGACGAAUGCCAUUCGGUCUAUGUAAUGCACCUGCUACAUUUCAGAGAAAAAGAUUCUGAAUUUCGAUUUGAUGAUGCAUGUCUUAAAGCUUUUAAUCUGUUAAAAGAAAAGCUCACCACAGCUCCUGUUUUAGUAGCUCCUGAUUGGAGUUUACCCUUUGAGCUUAUGUGUGAUGCUAGUGCCUAUGCUAUAGGUGCAGUCCUUGGACAACGGAGGAAUAAAUUGUUACAUGUUAUAUACUACUCUAGCAAAAUUUUAAAUGAGGCACAAGUAAAUUAUGCCACCACUGAGAAGGAAAUGCUAGCAGUAGUAUAUGCAUUAGACAAAUUUAGAUCUUAUAUGUUGGGGUCCAAGGUUAUUGUGUUUACUGACCACUCUGCUAUCAAGUAUUUAAUGAAUAAGCAGGAUGCAAAGCCUCGGUUGCUCAGAUGGAUACUCUUAUUUCAAGAGUUUGACAUGGAGAUCCGGGAUAAAGCUGGAGUGGAGAACAAGGUGGCAUAUCACUUAUAUUGCCAAUUACAAGGUGAUAAAGAGUUGCCUCCCAAUCUUACAAGGCAACAACAGAAGAAGUUCCUCAGAGAUGCAAGGAGGUUUCAUUGGGAUGAUCCUUACUUGUAUUUCCAGUGUGCUGAUGGAAUUAUAAGACGGUGUGUGCCCGAAUUUGAAGUUCAUGAGAUCCUGUGGCACUGCCAUGCAUCUGACUACGGAGGACACUUUGGAGGCAAUAGAACUGCUCAAAAAGUUCUACAUAGUGGUUACUACUGGCCUACGUUAUUCAAGGACGCAAGGAAUUUUGUUGAAAGAUAUGACAGAUGCCAAAAAGUGGGAAAUAUUUCCCGCAAAGAUGAAAUGCCUCUGAAUAAUAUAUUAGAGGUAGAGCUCUUUGAUGUGUAG